AAAGCAGAAACUGACGGUUGUUUAAACCAAUCAGUCCCAGAAACUUUCCCGAGGACUCGUCCAAUCGGAAAGUCGAAGCGCAGCUGUACUGCUGGCAUUUGAAAAGGUUUACCCAAUGAGGCCGAGCUGGAGAGGGCACCCCCUCCUCGCCGGGGCCGGGCUCUGCCUCGCCCUGUGCCUCCUCAUUGAGAUGGGCUCAGCCAAGAGCGUCCCAAUCACUCCGGUGGGGCCUCCGCUGCACAACAAGCAUCUGGCCCGCGUAGCCGACCCGCGUUCGCCGAGCGCCGGCAUCCUGCGCACUCCCAUCCAGGUGGAGAGCUCUCCACAGCCAAGCCUCCAUGCUGGGGAGCAACUGGAGAGUCCUAAUCAGGCCCUGGACUCUGAUCCGCGCUCUCCUACUCUUGGCAUUGCGCGGACACCGAUGAAGACCAGCAGCGGCGAUCCCCCAAACCCACUGAUGAAACAGCUGAGCGAAGUGUUUGAGAGUGGAGCCGCCAGGCUGAAUCCCACCACAGAACCUGCUGCGCCCGUGGAGGCACCUACAUCUUCUGGACUGGACUUGCCUCUGGGCAACCAGUUUUCCCUUGAGAACCAGACGUCACUUUGGAGCGAGACUGAGCUCUCCAAGCAGGGCUUGGAGGGCAAGGAGGAAACAGGACUGUCCUCAGAUACCUCAUUGGCCAACCAGGGCUCAGACAAGUCCUUCAGAGACUCUGAAUCACCCAGAUCUUCAGGUUCUAAGUACGGUAGACGGAAACCAAAAGGCAAGGUACUGGGGAGGUCUCCCCUCACCGUCCUGCAGGAUGACAACUCCCCUGGAACCCUGACAUCAUGGCAGGGUAAGCGGCCUUUCCCCCUGAGUGAAAAUGUUAGGGACCUGAAGGAAGCGUCCAUUCUGGGAGCCGGCGGACUUCCGAAAGCUGGAGGGCGCGCAUGGGAGCAAAGUCAGGAACAUGACAAGGAAAAUCAGCACUUCCCCUUGGUGGAGAACUAGCCCUGUGAUAGCCGAUGCCCUCUCAGCCCUUCUUUCCCUGGGAGACUGGAAAAGCUCGAUCUCUUCAACUCCCCCUAAGCUACCAACUGUGAGAGUUUUAUUGAGCUUUUUUUGUGUCUGGCGUGUUUCUUGUGUGUA